ACACCCACUUAUGAUGUCAUCAACACGGACCAAUGGUAGUUCAAAGGUGUUUACCAGCAGGAGCAAACUUUUCUGGGCAGUUCGAAACAAACUCUAAAUGAACUUCAUUUUUGGCCUGAAUGACCAAUCACCAGUUCGUUCUUCGAUUUCGCUUGAAGUAUAUCGGGGCCUUUACUGUGAAGCCGGAGUUCAGAUCACGUAAUUCCUGUGCAUGACUUUCCCUGCAUCCCAAUAUCCAUACUGUCCAUCCUAAAUAGUAUGUGAGAUUAGAAUAAGUUUGUCCCAAAGCAUAGUAUGUUGAAAAGAGUAUGACAAAAGUCCCCGGAUGGUCUUCUAUUUCCGGUAGAUUUUCUAAGUGUGGAUCCGUGCACACUAUAACAGCUAAUAUUGCCCACAAUCCAUUGUGCUUUGGAGGAGGAUUCGAUUCAGAACUACAAACACGAAUAAAAAAGUGUUCAAAAACUACAAAACAUGGCGGAUGUGUGCGACCGACGGUUAAGUAGAGAGGUUUAGAUAAACAGGUUUGAGUGACUAAUAAUCAACAUUUAACCUGAUAAAAAAUAUUUAUUUAAUGUUAUCCAUGUUAUAUUUCAUCUGCAAAAACACUGUAGACUUUUAUAAAGAUCUGUUAAUCCAUUAACUUUUAAAUUAUGCAAAAAUAUGAAAGACCCAUGACUGGCAGAUCAGUGUGCUACCUCUUUUCUCUCCAAUAUGGUAGAAAAUUAAAUUAAAUGAAAUGUGGAGGAUGAUUGACAGGCACAUGAUAGUAUGUCCGAAAGCUUGUCUACUCUUCUGCUACACACUUAAAAGUAUGCACUUUUUCUUCACAAACAGUACAUACUUUUAGGGCCUAGUAUAAGUAGGUGAAUUGGGACGCAAUUCUUUCGUCCAUGUAACAGAAAAGAAGAAAGAUGGUUGCUCACACCACAUGUUCACCAGCCAUGCUGGUCUUUUCAACACAGAUGUUUGUUGGGAUGCUGUUCUGAAUUUCACCUCAUUAGGAAACUUUCCCAUUAAGCAACUCAUGUACUUCCAGGCCCAAGUUUUUCACUGCUAUAUUGUGAGGGAUACAACAAAAACCUCUAUAAAUUCAAGUGUCCGGUUGUAAUGAUGGGUCGAAUGCGUGAGGAUCCAUUUGCAGCUUGUAUAUUAAAAGUACUUACAGAGUAGACAGGGCAAAGGCAGAGACACAAACAGGGACAGGCAAUGGUCGAGGCAGGCGGCAGACAAGCAGAGUAAAGUCACAGGCAAUGGUCAGGGCAGGCGGCAAACAAACACAGUCCAAUAAACAGUCCAAUGGCAACAGAAAUACAAUCCACAAGAAAACGCUCAGAAGUGAUCACCGGGGCAAAUCAAGACUUCGCCAAGGGUGUGUGUGUGUGUGUGUCUUAAAUAGUCCAGGUAAUGAUCUGCAGGUGUGUGUGGCAAUUGGUGAUUGGUGCAUGUGAUUGGAAGGGAGGAUUAUGGGAAGUGGAGUCCAGGAACUGACAGGAACAGACAGUGAUCGUGACAUAACGCCCCCCUUCCGGAAGGCGCGUCCUCGCGGCGUAAAUGGCACAGAUAGGGAGGGGGGGUGGGUACAUUGGAGACCUGUUGGCAGACGGGAACGGGGUCUCCAAUGCAGGUCCAGGAACUCGGGCAGCCACGGGGGGUCAGGUGCCACGGGCAGCCACGGCGGGUCAGGUGCCACGGGCAGCCACGGCGGGUCAGGUGCCACGGGCAGCCACGGCGGGUCAGGUGCCACGGGCAGCCACGGCGGGUCAGGUGCCACGGGCAGCCACGGCGGGUCAGGUGCCACGGGCAGCCACGGCGGGUCAGGUGCCACGGGCAGCCACGGCGGGUCAGGUGGCUUGGGCACCCACGGUAGGUCAGGUAGCUUGGGCGCCCACGGCAGGUCAGGGUCCGUAGCCGGCCACAGCAGUUCACAGGCGGUUGAAGACCGUGGGCGUGUAAGGUCCCCACCCGCAAGCUCAAGCAAUUCGGAGGCCGCUGAUGAUCGCGGCCGUGCAGGGUCCCCACCCACAAGCUCCCCACCCUCAGGUAUAUGGCCCCCCCCCAAAAAGUUCUUGGGGAAUUCAACGGAGGCCGUGGCGGUUUCGUGGGUAAGGAUCUCGGGUGGCGCCGGCAGGGCGAAGAGCUCGGGUGGCGCCGGCAGGGCGAGGAGCUCGGGUGGCGCCGGCAGGGCGAGGAGCUCGGGUGGCGCCGGCAGGGCGAGGAGCUCGGGUGGCGCCGGCAGGGCGAGGAGCUCGGGUGGCGCCGGCAGGGCGAGGAGCUCGGGUGGCGCCGGCAGGGCGAGGAGCUCGGCGCCGGCCUCCGUGGCCGUAUCAGGAAGAGCGGACUGCUCUGGGACGGCAGCGGGCUGCUCUGGGACGGCCUCCGGGCCUACAGCGGGCUCUGGGACGGCCUCCGGGCCUACAGCGGGCUCUGGGAAGGCCUCCGGGCCUUGAGGGAUGGAGGAAGCCUUCUUCCUCCUCCUCCUCCGUUUACAUGGUUGAGGCGGUGGCUCUAUGCCUACCUCCUCUGAGGGCGCUGCAGCGGGCUCACGGGUUGGAGCGGACUCGCGGACUGGAGCUGGUUCUGGAGUGGACUCACUGGCUGGAACGACCCCUAUGUUCCCAGACACUGGCGGGGCGGCCAUCUUGCCCGUGGGCACUGGCAAAGCGGCCAUCUUGUCCAUAGCAUCCAGAGAAUUUGAGUGCGUGGCAACCGGCGAGCUUGAGUGCGUGGCAACCGGCGAGCUUGAGUGCGUGGCAACCGGCGAGCUUGAGUGCGUGGCAACCGGCGAGCUUGAGUGCGUGGCAACCGGCGAGCUUGAGGGCGUAGCGGCCAGCGGGCUUGAGUGCGAAGCGGCCGGCGGAGGCUUAGGAAUGCCAGCCGCUCGUGCUGAAGUCAGCGGUGGAUCAGCCACACUGGAACGCAACCCACUCCGCUCCCAAACAGAUCCAGAGACGUGAUGUAAUUCUAGAGGAUCAACGGAGACUUGACUUGGCUCUGGAAGAUCAGCAGAGACAUGAUGUGAUGAUGUUGUGGCCGCCAUUUUGUGAAUGCUCUCUUUAGAGGCAGCCAUUACAUGGGGGAACGAGGUGUCGCGUUCCUCCGCGACACCCACAGUAAACAGUGAACCAACAGUAAGCAGAGCAAAGUCCAGAAAUUCCACGAACGACCCUCGGGGACCAUUAAUAAGUAAGUAGUCCUUCAAUGGUUCGUUUAAUCCAUAGCCAAAGAAGUCAAUGAGGGCACAGUCAGGCAGGUCAGAUAAAUAGGCAAUGUCUAGAAACUUCUGAAUGUGGUCCUCGAGUGUAGAAUUACCUUGCCGAAGGCGGACGAGACGUAUUGCUGGGUCCAUGCUGGGGCUGGAAGCGCUCGUAGAAGCUGCUGGAUCGUUUGAUGGCGAAGUCUUCUGUAAUGAUGGGUCGAAUGCGUGAGGAUCCAUUUGCAGCUUGUAUAUUAAAAGUACUUACAGAGUAGACAGGGCAAAGGCAGAGACACAAACAGGGACAGGCAAUGGUCGAGGCAGGCGGCAGACAAGCAGAGUAAAGUCACAGGCAAUGGUCAGGGCAGGCGGCAAACAAACACAGUCCAAUAAACAGUCCAAUGGCAACAGAAAUACAAUCCACAAGAAAACGCUCAGAAGUGAUCACCGGGGCAAAUCAAGACUUCGCCAAGGGUGUGUGUGUGUGUGUGUCUUAAAUAGUCCAGGUAAUGAUCUGCAGGUGUGUGUGGCAAUUGGUGAUUGGUGCAUGUGAUUGGAAGGGAGGAUUAUGGGAAGUGGAGUCCAGGAACUGACAGGAACAGACAGUGAUCGUGACACCGGUAAGGCAUAGACCACACACACACUUUUCCAUCACAGAGGAAGUCUCAGUUUCUACUUACAUCAGUACCAUCUGAUUCCCAGCUGUUUUAGUGGGAAAGAAGCACAUCAUUAGUAUAGCAGGGCUUAUAUUCCAACUAGAAGAACUACUUUGUAAACCGUUUAACAUGAAGAGCUCUUUACCUUGAAAUCACAAUAUUUUUCACCUACAGUAAGCUAGCUGAACAAUGAGGGGGAAAGCAGCAUAUCUGGUUUGUUUGGCAUCCUGCAGAAUUAAAAUAGGGAAAAGGGCAUCAGAUUGCAGAGUUGUUGUCGGUCAUGUCAGCUCACAUCAGUGAUUUGCUCUAUGCUUUCUGCAGCAGCUGUUGGCAGAUACUAGGCAUCUUUCAAUUACUGUCCAAAUGUCACAGACAGAGCGGAAGAGUUGCCACUCGGUCCUUCGGACACAGAUAAAGCCAGACUUCAGUUUCCUUAUCAGGGCUGUUACAGUUCAAGACGUGAAACCAGAGGAAAUUGCAGAGGUUUAGAAAUGCAGUUAAUGUUUGUGUUUGGUACACCACACACAAGGUUUGCCAUUUCGUAAAAGUUUUAAGGAGAACAUUAAUGCUCUUAUAGAUAUUAACAGCACACAACUCCACGAUUUCCGAUUUACAGUCAAAUAGCAGAUGCAUUACAACUUGGGUUGUUUUUAACCCAGCAUUUUUUUAUAGUGUAAGAAACAAAUUGAAUAAAGACAUUUUUGAAAAAAUAUAUUUUAUUCCUAUGUUAUGCUAUGUCCUGGACACCAGGACCCAUUUAUUUUGAAAAUUAAAAGACAAAAAACUUUUUUUUUUCAUUCACCAAUCAAUUUUCAGGUUAAGCUUUUUUAUCCAAACUUUGUAUAAAGAUGAUUCUCAACUAUGUUAUAAAAGAUAUAACAGAAUGAUUUGAUAUACCAUUUUACUUUAUGCAAUAUGCAUGUAAAAUGGCCAUAGAUGGGUUUUCAAAUUCAAUGCAAUGAAUCUGUAUCUAAUUUGCAUAUUAAUGUGUUCUUGGGGCAACAUGUAAUGAAAAAAGUAAUAAUGGGAGUUAUAAUUGGGAAUAUUUUCAUAAGAAUAUCUCAUAUUUUAUAAGAAUAUUGAUAUGUAAUAUGUAAUUUCUUUCCCUGUUCACUUGUUGUGUCUCCAAAAUGCCUGAUAAACAUGCUUUAAGUCCUGGUGUCCACUACAGUGGUCAUGUAUGAAAUCGAUGGCCUGUUUCGUAAAUGAAAGUCAUAUUCUGAUUUGAAUUCUGAUCUGACAGAAUUAAAUAAAAAACGUUAAAAAUCUUGAAAAAAUAUUUUACAAUCAUAGGAAGUUGUUUUGUCUAAUAUGUGUAAUAUUACUAAUAUAUGAAAAACUUUUAUCUAUCAAGUACAUUUCCUCAAAAGUGAAUAUGAACUUUCCCAAAAAAAACUCUCCUCUGGAUUCACAAACACAUCGUAAACUUCAGAUUUGAUAGUUAACUGUGUGUAUGUUAAUGAAUUCCAAUCAUUCAUAAAUAUAUGGCACACAUGCACUCUCAUUUACAAUUAGCAUAAUCUUCCGCCCAUGAAUUACAUCUACGAGUAUUUUUUGUAGCUUAGAGUAGUAAUAUGUACCCUUAAGGUACUACUAUGAACAUUUACAGCUAAUUAAUGUACACAGAUGUCCCUUUAACUGCCUCAGUGACAAGCUGUUCUAAAACAUCUCUAAUAACUUUUCAUGUAUAGCUUUUAAUUACUUUAAAUUAGUCUUAAAGAGAACCUAUUAUGCCCCUUUUUACAAGAUGUACAAGUAAUUUCUGGUGUAAUAUACGUCUCUGGUGUCCCCAGAAUGUGUCUGAAGUUUCAGCUCAAAAUACCAGACAGAUCAUUUAUUAUACCAUGUUAUAAAUGCCCAUUUUUGAGUGGAAGGAAAAACAUGCUGUGUUCAUGCAUGUGUCUUUAAAUGCAAAUGAGCUGUUGCUCCCCACCCCGUUUUCCAGAAGAGGGCAGAGCCUGAACAACUCGUGCCUCGAAAACUCUGCUAAAAACAUUUGUUUGGUUUUGAUUAUCAUCUCUAUCGUGGUCACGCUCACAUGACAUUGCAGUUCUUUGUCAUCAUGAAAGUUAAUUAUUUGCAUGCGUUUUAAAGCCAUAACAGUUUAAACUGUUUAAUCUGUGUUCAAACGCCUUAUAAAAGAGAAUUUUGCAUAAUAGGUCCCCUUUAAAUGA